AUGCCGAAGAGACGAGACAUUCUGGCCAUCGUGUUGAUCGUGUUGCCUUGGACGCUACUUAUCACUGUUUGGCAUCAGAGUGCCAUCACCCCUCUGCUAGCUGCUCGAAAGUAUGACAGACAUGAGAGUCGGCGAGACUCCCGGAACACCUUCACCCUCAAGGAGUCCUGCACCUCAGAGAACAGCAAGGACAUUGUGGAGGUUGUGCGCACCGAGUACGUCUACAGCCGCCAGCUGCCCUGGUCUGAUGUCCUCCCCACCCUCCACGUCGUCACCCCAACCUACAGCCGGCCGGUCCAGAAGGCAGAGCUGACCCGUCUGGCCAACACCUUCCUCCACGUGCCCAACCUGCACUGGAUCCUGGUUGAGGACUCUCAGCGACAAACCCCGCUAGUCACCAGGCUCCUUCAGGAAACAGGCCUGAACUACACCCACCUUAAUGUGGAGACACCCAGGAACUAUAAGCUGCGUGGGGACAUGAGGGACCCCAGGAUACCCCGGGGAACCAUGCAGAGGAACCUGGCUCUGCGCUGGCUUAGAGAGACCUUCAGCCCCAACAACAGCAACAGCCAGCCUGGUAUCGUCUACUUUGCAGACGAUGAUAACACCUAUAGUCUGGAUCUGUUUGAGGAGAUGCGUUCAACAAGGAAGGUGUCUGUGUGGCCUGUAGCCUUUGUGGGCGGCCUGCGGUACGAGUCCCCUAAAGUCAAUACCCUGGGCAAGGUUUACGGCUGGAAGACUGUGUUUGACCCCAACCGACCCUUUGCCAUAGACAUGGCUGGGUUUGCGGUGAACCUCCGCCUCAUUCUCUUUAAGCCUCAGGCCUACUUCAAGCUGCGGGGAGUCAAGGGAGGAUACCAGGAGAGCAGCUUACUUCGGGAGCUGGUCACCCUCAGCGACCUGGAGCCCAAGGCUGCUAAUUGCACUAAGGUACUUGUGUGGCACACUAGGACAGAGAAGCCUGUCCUGGUGAAUGAGGGAAAGAAAGGAUUUACGGACUCCAACGUGGAGAUAUGA